AUGAAGUUGGGCCUAAAUGACUGGACUUCGAUUCCUCUACCAUCGAAACAGCCUCUACCUCUAUACCAAGUUCAGGUGAUUCGAGAAAGGACAAAAUCCCAUGAUACUCACGCUCCGAAUAAUUCUUCUAGAUACAUGGACUACGCCAGAAAAAUUGGUAAAUCGGAUGAGCCGAAGAAAUGGGUGAGGCAAUUCACGACGACCGUGUCAGUGCGCGAUGGACUCGUGCACCCUAGCGCGUACCACCCUAAAGACCGCCGUCUGGAGAAUUGGCAGAGGUGGUUGGACAUACGAAAGGCCCAAUACCGUCGUAUCGAGUCGAUGACGGGUCGCCAACCAGCUGACCAAGUGAUGAACUCCUGCGAGAAGGUGCGACCGUUGGUCGAGAUGAGGAAUCUGAUAGACUAUGCAUCAGUGCCUGUGCCUGUCCUCCCUGACAAGUAUCGAGGUGGACCAGAGUUCUGGAGAACCCCGCAGAAGCUACCCAAUCGCGGUGAUCCCUGCUUGCCAGACAUCUCAUUCACGCCGAGCAAGAAAGAACUAAACGUAAUCCCGGAAUUGACUUACGUCGGUCUGCCUGAUCUGAUAGAAAAAGAGAAGCAUCUGGUUGGCUUGAGAUCAAAGGAACCACUGUGGAAACGUAGCGGGUAUUUGACGAGCAGGAGGCAGGAAUUGAGGAAAGAAAUAACGACUCUCGUGGCAAAGGAGCCAGACAUGGAGGACCUGGUGAUCAAGAACUACGUCCCACCGAAGAGAGAAGUGCAACCAAGGAUUCCUCCGAUAACAAUUUCAGACGCAGAUGAGGAGAUAGGAGAGGAGGAGGGAGGAGAAGGGAAAAUAAAAUACAAAUCCUGUUGCGAAUGCUACCCAGAGCAGUCGAUCGUGCUGAAGAUUCAAGACCUCGAAAUAGUUUGGCAGAGACCUGCUUCGAGGAACGUAGAAGCCAAGUCGGAUCCUAUUGUAUGGAGUUUGGUUUUCUCUGGUAAGGUUAACGAGAGAGCAGAGAAGGAGAUCGUGUUCGAGAAUAAAGGAAAUCGCGUGAUCAUUUACCAAUGGAGGCAAACAACCUUUCCAUCCCAAGUGACUCCUGUCAGCAGGCGGAUCAGUCCCUUUUUCUUUAACAAGACGAAAGGAGUGAUUCUCCCGGGGCAGAUCUCGAAGCUGAAGAUAUGGUAUCGACCUCGAAAUCCGCACAUGUCCACAGAAUUUUGGAAACUCGUCACUAGCCCUGUGCUGUGCUCCUCGCCCCUGGUGUUCCGAUUCUGGGGUUGCGCUGCACCCUCGACCGCUCAGACAGGGAAGCCUAAUCAGGAGCAAAUGGUGGAUGAGUAUUUGAACCGUUGCAUCAGGAACACCGCGAUUCGACAGAUAAUCGACGAUAUCAUCGAAAGGUUUAGCACUGUUAAGCAUCCGAAUCCUCCGUACAGUAGCCUGUUCUUGGAGCCAGAUCUCUUCAUCGCGAAGAAUCCAAUGUGUCAUUACAGUCCAAACAUCUUGAUAGAGCUACAUAAGCUUUAUUUCACCGUGACCAAUCAAACGGAACGUCGUUGGAGCAUGCUGUUGGACGAAAUUCGAGACGGUUUGUUGAAAAUUAAGGACUCCGAGAAGAGAAACAACCUGUUUUCGCGUUUCGUUGAACUGUAUAAGGAAAGUCUGAAACCUACUUGGUACAGGGCUGUGCAGUAUGAUAAAUACGAAGUGGUGUAUAAUUUAUUAUGCGCGUUUUUCAAUCGGUUUGAAAUCGAGAACGAGUUCGCGAUGAAAGCCUACUUCGUGAAGGAGUACGAGGACACACCUGGCAUGGCUUCAGAGAUGAGUUAUACUAUGCUGGGCGACCCGUCUCAGGUGUCUAUACGGAGUAAUAGUUCUCGAAAUAGGCAAACAAAAUCGGGUAAUACGCAUUUGCAAAGGAAUUUAAGUCAUGUAGUCAGCGAAUCAUCUAUACACCCCAAAAAUGUUCGUCUUUAUGGAGAAAUUUUCUUUAUUCGUAUUUAUAAAUUAUUGGGAGAAACAUUGGUUGGUAUAUUCGGGUCCAUAGAGUCGUUUAAUAAUUUGAAUGAACCCCAUGGAUAG